AUGGCAACCUACGGCAAAAUAGACGAAUUCGACAGAGAUUCUGAUUCAUGGGAACAGUAUAUGGAGCGUCUAAACUUCUAUUUUGAAGCAAAUAGAGUAACUACGUCUGACGAUGACUUGAAAAUACGCCGUGCAAUCCUCCUCAGUUCGGUAGGGAAAAAAACCUACAAAUUAAUGUCUGAUCUGCUGGCCCCAGCGAAACCUGGAGAGAAAUCUUAUGCUGACUUGUGCACCUUGGUAAAGAGCCAUUUCAACCCAAAACCGAGUGAAAGCGUGCAACGGCACAAGUUCAAUAACCGUUUCAGAUUGAGCGGGGAGAACGUGUCUGACUUUGUAGCGGCUCUACGAAACAUGGCAGAAUACUGCAAUUUUGGUGGCAGUCUGGAAAAUAUGCUGCGUGAUCGUCUGGUGUCUGGAAUUAACAAUGAAAGAAUCCAAAGGCGUUUGCUAUCAGAAGAGAACUUAACUUUCAAAAAAGCUUACGACAUUGCUUCGUCUAUGGAAACGACCGCACAGCACAUGGCCGAUCUUCAAUCUGCUCCUUCUACGUUAAGUUCAACGUCUGCAUCUGUAAAAAAGGUCAGUUCUUCGCCCUUACCGCGUUCUAAAAGCGAAAAUAAAGAGUGUUAUCGUUGUGGAAAAAAUCACCACCCGUCAAAAUGUCGUUUCAAGGAGGCCACGUGCCAUUAUUGUAAAAAGAAAGGACAUAUUGUUGCCAAAUGUCUCAAAAAAGCAAAAAAGUCGUCCGAGACAACCAAGCCAAAUUCAAACCACCAUCAAAAACAAGGGAAACCAGCAAUUCAUGUCCUGGAUACUGAUAAAGAAAUAGAAGAUGAAGAUAUAUAUCCAUUGUUUGCUGUCAGUCAAGGCAACCGCCAAAAUCCGUAUUUAGUAGAUGUUGAAUUAAAUGGUCUUAAAGUUCAAAUGGAACUGGACACUGGUGCAUCACUUUCAGUAAUCGGAGAGGACAUUUUUGAUCAAUUGAAGAACAUUGAGGGUUCAUCUCUCAAUCUGCAAGAUACCAAGCUAACCUUGAAAACAUACACCGGGGAGACAAUUCCAGUUUUAGGAAAGCUUGUAGUGGAAGUCAAGUACAAGGACUUUUUUGAACACUUGCCAGUUAUAGUUGUACAAGGCAAUGUGCCCAGUCUCUUUGGACGAGAUUGGUUACAACAUGUUAAGUUGUCAUGGCCAGAGAUUUUCCUAGUUCAAGUUGUAUCCCCUGAUGUGUCUGACCUGCUAAAGAAACAUGAAAAUUUAUUCAAGGAAGGACUAGGGACAAUUCAAGGAGUGAAAGCAAAGAUAUACGUUGAUCCUCAAGCCAAACCCAAGUACUUCAAACCUCGCACGUUAGAAUAUGCACGACGUCAGAAGGUAGAGAGAGAAUUGGACCGUUUGUUAGAAGAAGGAACAAUUCGUCCAGUUCAAUUUUCGGAAUGGGCAACACCCAUUGUGCCCAUUGUCAAAUCUGAUGAGUCUAUACGCAUUUGUGGAGACUUCAAAGUUACUUUGAACCAAGUUAGCAAACUUGACAAUUACCCAAUUCCUAAAACAGAGGAUCUGCUAGCUCAACUUGGAGGUGGAGUGCAGUUUACAAAACUAGAUCUGAGUCAAGCUUAUCAACAACUUGAGUUAGAUGAAGAAUCAAAGAAGUACACCACUAUCACCACUCAUAAAGGCCUAUUUGAGUACAAUAGACUGUGUUACGGCAUUGCCUCAGCCCCUGGGAUUUUCCAACGCACAAUGGAAAAUUUACUGCAGGGUAUUCCGAAUGUUGUAGUACGAAUAGAUGAUAUUCUCAUUGCCGGGAAGACAUCCGCAGAUCAUCUCAAAAGUCUAACAGAAGUCCUGUCACGUCUGGACAAAGCUGGCGUCCGUCUUAAACGUUCGAAGUGCAUUUUUCAAGCACCUGAAGUCACUUACCUGGGACACCGCAUAGACAAAGAUGGUAUCCACCCCCUUGACGAGAAAAUCAAAGCAAUUCAAGAGUCACCGAGACCUUCUAAUCUGAAAGAACUGCAAGCCUUUUUAGGCAUGCUUAACUAUUACGCUUGUUACAUACCUAACAUCACUACAAUACUAUCUCCUUUACAUCAGCUGUUAGUCAAAGACACACCUUGGAACUGGAGUGAAGCACAUGAAAAAUCUUGGAACCAAGCCAAGUCCACACUUCACUCUUCACAACUUCUAGUGCAUUACAGCUUGGAAAGAGAGUUAACCCUUGCUUGUGACGCAUCACCAUAUGGUCUUGGUUGUGUUAUUUCACAUGUGAUGGAUGAUGGGACUGAACGUCCUAUUUCAUAUGCCUCACGUACUCUGUCCCCAGCCGAAAAGAACUAUUCACAGCUCGACAAAGAGGCAGCAGCCAUCAUGUUCGGGGUGAGGAAGUUCCACUCAUACUUAUAUGGACGGAGUUUUACCAUCUACACUGAUCACAAACCCCUGCUGGGUCUGCUACAGUCAACUAAACAAAUACCGACCUCAGCCUCACCACGCAUAUUGAGGUGGGCGGUAUUCCUGUCAGGCUACUCAUACACUUUAGUAUAUCGAGAAGGCCAGAAAAAUGGUAAUGCCGAUGGCCUGAGCCGGCUGCCAUUGCCAAAUGAAACCAGAAAUGUUCCAGUGCCUGGCGACAUUAUGUUUGUAAUGAAUCAUCUUGAAGUCAACACACCCGUUAAAGUCAAGGACAUUGAGCGUUGGACCUCAAAAGAUCCUAUUCUUAGUGCAGUACGACACCAAGUAAUGUCCGGUUGGCCCAAUUCAAAUGAUCGCAUUGAGUUCAAGCCCUACUCUUAUAGAAAGCACCAACUUAGCUGUCAGGAUGGCUGUCUACUCUGGGGCUCUCGCGUAGUCAUUCCUCCUCAAGGAAGAGUCAAGCUUCUCCAGGAACUACAUGAUGGACAUCCUGGAAUGGUUCGCAUGAAAAUGUUAGCCCGAAGCUAUUUCUGGUGGCCUGGCCUGGACGCGGAUAUUGAGCAAAAGGUGAAAGAUUGCACAAGCUGCCAAAGUGAAGAAUUUGCCCUUUUUAUGUCUGAGAAUGGCAUAAAACACAUCACUUCAGCACCUAAACACCCAGCAUCCAAUGGAUUUGCUGAAAGAUAUGUUCGCACUUUCAAGGAAACAAUGAAGAAGAUGGGAGGGGAAAAGGAAAACUUAGACACGAAGUUAAGCAGAUUUCUACUAAGCUAUCGUACCACACCUCAUGCUACCACUGGUAAAACACCUGGUGAGCUAUUAAUGAACCGGAAGCUGAAGACGCGCUUGGACCUGGUAAACCCCCUUAGUCAGGACACAAUUCGCACUCGUGUAGAAGAUAAACAGCUCGCACAGAAGAAACAACACGACAAUCUAGUGCCACUCAGAGAAUUUCAAGUGAAUGACCCAGUAUUUGUCAAGAAUUUUUCAUAUGGUCCAAAGUGGUUAUGUGGAACAAUCAUUCAACAGUCAGGACCGGUUUCGUAUGUCGUUCAACUCAGUUCAGGUGGAGUGUUUCGACGACAUGUUGACCAUCUUCGCCUGAGGACAAGCACACCCACAGUCGCCAAUGAUCUUCAGAGUUCAACAGAAUUGGCCCAAGUUCCAAUGCAAACAACUGUACCCAAGCAGAUUCCAGAGGAAUUUAAGGAACCUGAGAUCACAGUUCCAGAACCUUCAUUGGAACCGAAGAAGACAGAGCUUCCAGCUUCUGAACCUGCAAGUACUCUGCGAAGAAGUACUCGACUCAAAACCACACCUACUCACCUCAAAGACUAUGUAUGUUAA